CAGAACCGGCUAAAAGUGAACUGCUGACAUGUGCAGAGAAUGGGUACAGACGAAAUACAAGUUAAUGCUACUGACUGCAUCAUUCUGUUGCAAAAAAACCUUUAUGAGGAAAAAUAGCGCGUUGUAUAAACCAGCGAGAGUAAGGAAACCUAGGAAUAGGCCUAUCCCUCUUACGGUGACACCUACCAAUUGGCCUAUCCCUUCUACGGUGAAGCAAGAACUGUGCUAACGACACAUUGUAAAUGUUUCACAAUUUUAACGAGAGAAACUAACUGUGGAACACCUUCUCCGUGCUCCUGGGUUACCGGCACCGACACUUCAAGAUCAGUGUAAAAUCCGGAUGCUUGAACAAAACAUAUGACAACGUAUUUAUCAGUCUAGCUACCAAGUGAACAAUAUCAUAUCAGACGCUAUCCCAGUCGUACAUGCUAAACCAAUAUAGGUCAAAAUCAGAGUGGAAAGCCCAUAGCUCUGGACUUCAGUCUCACGGCGUACAGAGUGUUUGCGUCUUCGGUAGAACUGACUUCAUUCUUCUGACUCCAAGGCAAAUGUCGACGCCGGUCACAUUCUGUGACAUAAGGAAUAUCUCCACGCUGGUUUGUAAGUGAGGUGUAGCUCCAAAAUGACCACCAUGUUGUGUCGUGACAGAUUUGGUCUUUUCAAAGUGGACACCUACAAGCUGUUAACGUGUUCAAUGUGCUAUGCGUACCUGUUCCCGAAUAGCUCUGAAUUACACGUGGACUGGGCAGGAACACCAUUUCGCCUGACGGCCAUGAAUGGUUCUAAGUUUGCACCUGGAACGCUGUAUGCUCCCGACAUACAGAACGUCAGUAUCAGGUCGCUAAUAUGCUCUACUCUGGAGGACAUCGAAUGCUCUAACUGGAUCAUGUGCUGCCAGGAUGCCAUCAAUUGCUGUGAAAGGCAGAUAGCAAUUGCAAAGCUUAGUGGCAAUGCAAAUUCUUCAAGUCCAGGUGUGACACCCAAAUCCGCCAAUUGUCCGAUGACUUGGGAUGGUUACGCCUGUUGGGAUAGUGCCUCGCCCGGAACUCAGCUUUCUCAGUCGUGUCCUGCCUUUAUUGAUCAGAGUGACUCUACAGAGUCGGCUUCUAAAGAUUGCACAAUUAACGGCACCUGGUGGAAACAUCCCAUACAAGGCCACGGCUGGACGAACUACACGGCUUGUGUUGCUGGCAGACUCGACAGACAAGAGUCGUUGGAUGUUCUCUCAACAUCUGCGGACGUCAAACAAUCACUGAGGACCUUCCGGACCGUGCUUUUCAUUGGGAUAGCCUUCCACAUACUUAGUGUGCUCCUGCUCCUCCCAGCUAUCGGCAUCUUCCUUUCCUUUAGGCAACUUUAUUCUCAACAGCGCAUUAAAAUUCACCUGAAUCUGUUCGCGUCGUUUGUCUUGACUGGGCUUGUGCUUCUCGUCUGGGACAUUGUCGUACAUUUGGACAGACUAGAGAAGAGCACCGAGCAGACGCUAAUGCACAAGAACACGGCAGGUUGCAAAGUUCUCUAUUUCUUAACCCGGUAUUCGACGAGCACGAACUUUUACUGGAUGUUCUGUGAGGGGUUUUAUCUUCAUAGACUCCUUGUCAAUGCCUUUGAACCGCCCAAGAAACUCUGGGGAGUGUACAUAUUUGGUUGGGGUGUGUCUGCUAUCCCUGUUUUAAUAUACAGCAUCAUACGAGCAGUGCUAGCUGAUGAAAGUUGCUGGAUUAUACACGCCGGAGUCUACGAGUGGAUCGUCUACCUGCCUAAUUUAUUAUGUAUUGUGGUAAACACAUUUUUUCUUGGAAAUAUUUUACGGAUAUUGCUUACGCAGAUCCAGUCGCACCCGAAUGAGCCUAGUAAUUACAGGCGAGCUCUGAAGGCGACUUUUAUCUUGGUGCCGUUAUUCGGUAUUCAGCUGUUCCUUAUCAUUUAUCGACCUCCGGCCACUUCAGCCAUUUACCUACCCUACGAAAUUAUAGCAGCUAUACUGAAAAACUCACAGGGUGGAGCAAUUGCCUUGGUCUUCUGCUUUUUUAAUGGAGAGGUAAAAUUACACCUGAUCUCAGAGGGUGUUAGCCCUCUAACCCAGUCCCCCGACACCAGUGAUGCUAAGCCGUACCCCAGUACUCUGAGAGUACCGGUUCACACACACCUACGCAACGCCUAUCGCCGAUGGAGGUACAGCGAUGAGCGACGAGAGAUGAGGCAGACGUGCACGGUGGACACUCAGAUGACUACGGAAAGUAGUCGCUACUCCAUUGCCUCGCGCCGGAUGACACGUUCCGACUCCCAGACCACGCCCAGUUACAUCGCUCUCAGCACCGUGCCGGACGAUCCAGCCAAUGGUUACCUCUCUACCAAAUCGGCAGAAGUGUCGCGCGCCUAAAUUGGAGAAGAGUCCUCACUAGUCGGUUGAGACGUGUGUUGAGUAAGACGAUAUCUGCCAUUCGAUUGAGGC